AUCAACCCAGAGCCGCCGCCUGCUCACCGCCGAGGAAAGCCUUUCAUGUCAGCGGAGGAAGCCGCUAGGAAUCCUCCCGCACAUCAAAGGCACCUUCUGGAUCAGGGCAAGGGGUGCAAACCCGGGGAAUCCCUGUUGCUACUUGCUACACGUGGCUGCAAGUCUCAGCAUUGCUAGUGUUGCACGUGUUUGGGGGAAAUAAAACACGCACACUCAUACACAGAGAAAACACGCUGCCUUCAUAAAUCCUUCCACAAAGUGCCAGCCAAUGCAAAAUCCAAACAAGGGAUCUUAGUGUAUUUGAUCUUGGAAGCCACUGUUAAUUUCGUCACUAUUUUAGAUCAAAGGAGUUUUCUAUCCCCAUGGUCAAAAUAACAUUAUCUAUUGAGGAAUUAUUUAUCUCACAAAGUAAUGCAGAGAACAAAUGAAUAGAUUGAUAGUACCCAUCAAUCAGCAUUAAUGUUAAUAUUUAAUGUUGCUAUCUGCGAACUCUGCACACUAGAGAACAGCUAUAUCUUACCAAACUGAUUUACUGUCUUCCGUGUGUUUAAUGCUUCAACUAUCAAAUAAACUAGCAGCCUAGGGGUUACAUUUUAGGAUUUUGAACGAAUGAUGGUCCAAAAGUUUAUCAUCUAUGUAUAUAUCUAUCAUAGCUGAUCUAUAACUGCAUUAGUAUCAGAAUGGUUAUAAAUUGUAAUGAAUAUUAUCUCACUCAUUCACUGAAUCCAGUGUAUUAGAUCUACUUUAAUGCUGCCAAGCUGUUUAUCUUUAAAGAGGGGGAAGAGAGAGAGAGAGAGAGAGAGAGACAUGGCUAAGAUGAAAACAAAGCAAUUAAAAAGAUUGACAGGUGUGGUUUGUGUGAGAUCUAUAUGAAAUUGUCAGGAUGACGUUGGCAGCAGGAGGAGGAGUAACUAAGUGAAGCAGGAAAAGCAGCUCGAUGUGUCUGUCUAUCAGUUGAGACUGUCUGAGAAGCCCUGGGAUCUGAAUGUGUGUUAUAUUACACUGAAAAAAAGAAGAGGGGACGGUGGUUCUCCUCCUCUCCAAGGAGUUUAUACAGCCCGUGAUCAUUUCUCUCCAGCGAAAGGAAAAAAAUAUAUAUUUUUGCAAAUUAUUUUAAAUAUUAUAUCUGCAACAUCUGAUAUUUAUAUUGCAGAUGGAGAUGAUAUUAAAAUAACAUUUGAAAAUGCACUCUACCUGUCAACGUGCAUUUGUCUCAGUGAAGAAGAAUAGACUGCAAAGUAAGAGCCGGUGAUGCUUGAAGUGACUGAUACUACAGUGAAUGUAUAUGUCUCUGCUCUUCUGAUUUUAUUACAUUCCUGCUGGGCGAAUACAUGCCAAGGAGAACAAGAGGAGACACCGGAAUCGAUCAGUUGCUAAAAGAAGGGGGGAAAAAAAGCAGAAAUGAAACAAGCCCUUGCAAUCCAUAAAAUAUACAAAUCCACGAGCUGAAGGCAGAGAGAGGGGGGAAAAGUUGCUUCUUUUGAGACUCUUCUUCUUUGAUCUUGGAGAAAAAGGCUGUAGGGGGAGUGACUGUACUUACCAUCUUAUCGCUGCUUUUCCAGCCCCACCGAGGGGAGAAGCCAGCCACAGAAUUGUAAGAUUAAAAACAUAUAUAUGAUCUUAUAACACGGACAUUUAGAAUGGAUUUGGAAUUCAGCGUGAUUUGAUUUUUAUUUAAUUUAUUUUUUUUAAUCUUUUUGGAGAUUGUCUAUUUCUUUGGGAAGCAGAGAAUAAAUCUAUAUAUAUGUAUAUACAGAUGACUACAAAUUAUUACAAAUAUUAAAGUCAACUUGAGUGACCGGAUUGUGUGCCAUCCUGCCCUCCCUUUUCCAGGGAGAGGCGAGUCCAGCUCAGCUGCCAUAGGGCUGGGGGUAUAGCCCACCACAAACUGGUUUAUUGUCCCUGCCCCACCUUCUGCACUGCGAGAAAGGAGAAACUUUAUUUUCCCAUCUGCUAAUCAUCUCAUGUCUCACCAGACGGCCUCUCAAUUUUGUUUUUGUUUUUUUUAAUUUUAUAUUUUUAUUGCCCCGUGUCCUGCAUGAACAGAGAGGAAUUGGAGAAGCCCUGCGGAAGCCCCCAAGCUGAGCUAGCAGGAUGCCCAGGAGAAAGCAGCAAGCACCGCGUCGAUCUGCAGCAUAUGUUCCUGCAGAAGAGUUAAAAGCUGCUGAAGUAGACGAAGAUAAUAUAGAAGAUGAUGGUCUGUCUUUGGAUGUCCAGGACAGUGAGUUUUUAUACGAGGAACCAGAAAUUAAAGAUACUCAGAGCUACCAAAACUCACCAGUCAGCAGUGUUACUAACCAGGAUGCAGGCUAUGGAUCACCAUUUAGUGAGACAAGUGAUCAUAUAGCUGAUUUCAAAAGUACUUCAUCUAAAGAUGGCCAAGAGAGGGAGGAUGGCCAGAAUAUGGACAAUGGAUCUUACCCUCAAGACAGUUUGGCACAAAUCAAAGCAGUAUAUACAAACUUGCUUUCAGAGUGCAGCUGGUCUAAUCUAGCAUUAGACUUGAAAAAAUCAAACUCAUCUAUAAGCACUAAUAAAAGUAGCCAGAUUGAGAACAUCAAUGAAAAAAGUAACUCGGUUUCACCUCCUAUUAUCACAAGCAGCAAUAGUACCAACACAAGUUCUAGCAUAAGUGUUAGUACAAAUAACAGUGCCAGUAGUAACAGUGCUUCAGGGUAUGACUGGCACCAGGCAGCUUUAGCGAAAACAUUGCAGCAAACAUCAUAUGGUCUUCUACCAGAGCCCAGCCUUUUCAGCACAGUGCAGCUUUAUCGGCAAAAUAAUAAACUAUAUGGGUCUGUUUUUACUGGUGCCAGUAAGUUUAGAUGCAAAGACUGCAGUGGAGCUUAUGAUACUUUGGUUGAGCUAACUGUGCACAUGAAUGAGACUGGACAUUAUCGUGAUGACAAUAGAGAUAGAGAGGCUGAAAGAACAAGACGCUGGUCUAAACCUAGAAAGAGAUCACUUAUGGAAAUGGAAGGUAAAGAGGAUGCACAGAAGGUGUUAAAAUGUAUGUAUUGUGGACAUUCAUUUGAAUCUCUGCAGGACCUAAGUGUCCACAUGAUAAAAACGAAGCAUUACCAAAAAGUGCCUCUAAAGGAGCCAGUACCAGCCAUCACAAAACUGGUCCCUUCUACAAAAAAGCGAGCACUUCAGGAUGUAGCUUCUCCAGAUUCACCUGAGCAAGCAGGAAUAUCGCCCGGGGCCUCAGCCGGUGAUACGGCAAAGGACUCAAAAUCUGCUAAUCCAUAUGUGACGCCAAACAAUCGAUAUGGAUACCAAAAUGGUGCUAGCUAUACAUGGCAAUUUGAGGCUCGAAAGGCACAAAUCUUAAAGUGCAUGGAGUGUGGUAGUUCCCAUGAUACAUUGCAACAACUUACAGCUCAUAUGAUGGUCACCGGACACUUUUUAAAAGUUACGAACUCUGCCUCCAAGAAAGGAAAGCAGCUUGUUAUGGAUGCAGUAGUUGAAGAAAAAGUUCAGUCCAUACCUCUGCCCCCAACUACACAUGCUAGGCUGCCAGCAUCCUAUAUAAAGAAGCAGCCAGAUUCUCCAACUGGAUCUAUGCAUUCCGAGGAAAGGAAAGAGCCUGAGAAGGAGAUUGUGAACAGUUUGGAUACAGAUAAGAAGAUCAAAGAGGAAUGUGAGGAUUCUGAAAAACUAGACCCGUCAACAGUGUAUCAGUACCUUCGAGAGGAAGAUUUAGAUGAUAGUCCAAAAGGUGGAUUAGAUAUUUUAAAAUCACUAGAAAACACAGUUUCAUCUGCAAUCAGCAAGGCCCAGAAUGGAGCACCUUCUUGGGGUGGAUAUCCCAGUAUCCAUGCUGCUUAUCAGUUGCCCGGAACUGUCAAAGCAAUGCAACCAGCUGUGCAGAGCAUUCAAAUGCAACCAUCCUAUGCCAGCAGUGUUAAAUCUCUAUCAUCUGAUCAUAACACCCUGAUUCAUUCUCCUGGAAGCUUAACCCCUCCACCUCAUAAAAGCAAUGUCUCUGCAAUGGAAGAAUUAGUAGAAAAGGUGACAGGUAAAAUCAAUGUGAAAAAAGAGGAAAAGGUUCCAGAGAAAGAGAAAUUGACUCCUCCUAAGCCAUCAUCUCCCAUAGCAAAAGAAAACAAGGAAAUCCUGAAACCAGAGGACAUUUGCAACAAAACUCUUAAGAAAAAUGUUGAGGUAGAAAUUCAGAAAACAAAGAAGGAAGCCCAUAUGGAGCCUCAUACACUGAAUGGAACAGAGCCACUUAAACCAAAAGUCACAAAUGGCUGCAACAACUUAGGAAUCAUAACAGAUCAUUCACCUGAGCCAUCAUUUAUCAAUCCAUUGAGUGCUUUACAAUCUAUAAUGAAUACCCAUUUAGGAAAAGUGUCAAAACCAGUAAGUCCUUCUUUGGAUCCUUUAUCUAUGCUGUACAAAAUUAGCAAUAGCAUGUUAGACAAACCCCUUUAUCCUGCAACACCAGUAAAGCAAGUGGAUUCCAUUGAUCGGUAUUAUUAUGAAAAUAGUGACCAGCCCAUUGAUUUAACAAAGUCCAAAAACAAACCAAUUGUGACUAGUAUGACAGACUCCGUAUCAUCACCUUUAAGGGAAAGUGCUCUGAUGGAUAUUUCUGACAUGGUGAAGAACCUCACAGGACGCUUAACCCCGAAGUCUUCAACACCAUCUACCAUAUCAGAAAAGUCUGAUGCAGAUGGCAGCAGUUUUGAAGAAGCUUUGGAUGAGUUGUCACCUGUACAUAAGAGAAAAGGUAGGCAGUCCAACUGGAACCCUCAACAUCUCCUUAUCCUACAGGCCCAGUUUGCUUCUAGCUUACGGGAGACAGCUGAGGGUAAAUAUGUUAUGUCAGACUUGGGUCCUCAAGAACGAGUACACAUCUCUAAAUUUACAGGUCUUUCAAUGACUACUAUUAGCCACUGGUUGGCCAAUGUGAAAUAUCAAUUAAGAAGGACAGGAGGAACUAAGUUUUUAAAGAAUUUGGAUACAGGUCAUCCUGUAUUUUUUUGUAAUGAUUGUGCCUCUCAGUUUCGGACUGCAUCAACCUAUAUAAGUCAUUUAGAGACACAUCUGGGUUUUAGCUUAAAGGAUCUGUCAAAGCUUUCUAUUAAUCAGAUUCAAGAACAGCAGAAUGUUUCAAAAGUCAUUACUAACAAGGCUUUAAGCUCAAUCGGACUUAUUGAGGAGGACUCAGGCUCCACAUUCCAGUGUAAGCUUUGCAACCGAACUUUUGCAAGCAAGCACGCAGUUAAACUGCACCUUAGCAAAACACAUGGGAAGUCCCCGGAGGACCAUGUGAUAUAUGUAACAGAAUUAGAAAAACAGUAAUGUCUACUAGUUAUGCAGCCAGGUAUGCAAGUGACCACAAGACAUUGCACUAAACUUCAUAAUACUGCACUAGGCCUGACCUGAGCCUCUGAAAUCAGUCUUAUUUUUGUUGCUGAACUGCCUAUCUGGAAUUGUUUCCUUACACAUAUUUUAUAUUUAUAUUUAUAUGCUCUUUGUCUGAUUUGUGCAUGUUUUUUUUUUUCUUUUCUUUUGUGAGUCAAUGUUUGACCUUUAAUUUUCAACAUCUGUUCUUGAUGUUAAGCUAUCUUUUGUAGAAUGUAGUGGGAAACACUAUUGAGGGAUAUUAAUUUAGCCAUGAAGAAACACAAAGAACAAUAACAAUAAAAAUGAACAUACUCAGAUUCUAAAAUGACCAUGACAAUAAAGGUCAGGAAAUCUUGUGGUGUCAAAUUAACCCUUUGAGCACAGCAAUAGCAUUUCUAGGCCUUUAAAAACAAAUGAUAAAAGGUGAGAACACAGAAUUUGGAUUCAUAAGUAUGCAUGCAGUUAUGGGAUGGUGGAGAAAGCUAUAUAGUACUCUUAGGGUUAUUAUACCACUUAUUAUUUACAAACUAGUGCAACAUGGGAAAAAAAUAUAUAUUACAAAGAUAGCAUUAUGAUCUUAGAACCUGGAUGCUAAGUUUGCUCGUAAGAGCAAAAAGCGUAUGCAAAUCUGUAUUUCAAAUGUGUAUAAAGUAUUUCCUUUUUUUGUGAAAUAUAUACUACAGUUUCUAGUUAUUUGCAAAUGUAAGCUUUGAUACAAGCCUAUCUUCCUACAUUGUGCUGCAUUUAUCUCCCUUUGCUACCAGCAGGCUAUAUACUUCAUUUCAGGUCCUCCUGGCAGCAAGGUUGAUAAAAUAAUAGAAUAUUCUUGGGCAAAUAUUGGAUUAUGUUUCCUGUAAAUAGUAGACAUUUAACUUAAGAGUACAUGUUACAUAUCUUAUCAUUUGAAACAGUACCGCUUCCUUUGUAUCUUUUGGCCGUAUGGUUUCACUUUGAACUUUUUAUAUUGUCAUUUUAUAUUCAAUUCCUAUGUAUAUAAAAUGUAAAAAAAAAAAAAAAAUCACAUUUUUUUUUUUAAUAAAAUGAAGUUCCUGCAGAUUGACUUUAACAGAUACAAUUUACUGGCGCCUGCAUCUUUUCAGAUGCACGUACAAAAGAAACUAUCUGACAAAAAAUUAAAUAAAUACAAAUAAAGCAAUGCACUAUGAAUUAUACAUUUUGAUGUUCUAUCAUUAAUAUUGUACAGUACAUUUUCGGUUCACACAAUUAAAUCCACUGUUUUCUCAAGUGUGAAAUAAACCCACAUGCAGUUCUUGAUUUA